CCUUUCUUCAUCCCAUGGAGGGACGGUGAGGCGUCAGGAAGUCGCGUUAAUGAAUGUUAGUUAUUCGCGUGCUUUAAACGGGACUGGGAGGGUCGGAGGGUCUUAAAGUUCACAUCUAUCCUAGAAACGGUGAAAUAUUAGUAAUAUUGGUGCGGUUUGACACUUGUAGAACCCAAACAUCCCCGUCAGUGUGUUCUGCAGGAUCUAACCCGAGUUCAGUCUUCCCCGUCCGGAGGACGUCCUCAGUCCAAGCCAUCAGGGGAAGGACCCUCCGUCCGAACCCGUGGACACGCUCUCACGGUGUGCAUGACGACAUCAGCUCUCAGUUCCUAAGUCCAGAGCUGCUCGCGAGGUUCUGUGUGCCUCUGGACACUCGGCACUUCUCCCGUACCUGUGAAGGACGCGUCGCAGUGAGCUUAGCAAGCGUUCUUUGUUCUGCGCGCUGUGCUUCUGGCAAGUUGACCUCUGUCGUCCUUGAUGAACUGCCAGUCAGGGACAUCCUCACGAGCUUCAUCUGAUAUCUUUCAAACAGUGAAAAAUAAAAGGAAUUAAAAGCCAUCAUGAAUUUCGUCAUGAAACAGGCGCUCGGAGGCGCCACUAAGGACAUGGGAAACCUGAUGGGGGGAGGCGAGGAGAAGGACCCUGAGAAGGAGGAGAAGAAGAAGAAGGAGGCGGAAGAGAGGGAGGAGGCGCUGAGGCAGCAGGAGGAGGAGCGCAAGGCCAAGUACGCCAAGAUGGAGGCCGAGAGGGAGAACCUCCGACAGGGCAUCAGAGACAAGUAUGGAAUUAAGAAGAAGGAGGAGAAGGAGGCUGAGGCGGCGGCGGAGGCAGAGGCAGCUUCCGAGGGCUCUCUGACCCGGCCCAAGAAGGCCGUGCCAGCUGGCUGUGGCGACGAGGAGGAGGAGGACGCCGGCCUCAUGGAGACCGUCAUGAAGUUCCUCCCCGGGCCCCUCAACAACGUCUUAGACAUGUUCAACAAGAAAUAAACACAUACACACUCACACACACACUCAACGUCUUACACUUAAUCCAAAAGAAAUCAACACACAACACUCAGCAUUGUCUUAGACAUAUUAUUAAAGAAACAAACACACACACAUUGUAGACACGUGCAAAAAGAAAUGAAACACACACACACACACACAUAUAGCACACACAUGACAUAACCCUCUCCUUCUUUCUGUCAGCGCUCUACUGCUCUCUGCUAAACAACCCCAGGCCUGUUGUCAGCUGACUGCACUCACACCUGCCGUCCAAGCCUGUGUGUGUGAGGUUAUGUGUUUAUGAGUAUGUGUGUGUGUGUGUGUGUGUCUGUUGUAAGGGGCAGGUGUGGAGUUUUGCUCUUUGCGGACUCCAGGCUCCGGUUGGCUUUGGCAAAUCCAUUUCCUGUGUAAAUAGCCUCUGAAAUAUAGAUCAUAUCUAUGAGUAACAUUAUAUAUAUAUAUAUGAUGACUAUAAGCCAUACUUUUAACUUGUGGAAAGAGAGAAAAAAAAAACAAUCCCAGAAUCCUAUCAUGUGUUCAACUGUGUUCCUUAGUCUUGAUGUUCAGUGAACCCAAUGUCUCUUCAUAGGCUGAUCAGCUGCCAGUGGGAUCUACGUUUGAUUAGUGUUCCCUCGUUAACAAGCACACACACACUCACACACAUGCACCCAUCAUGUUCUGCGUUCUAAUGAGUCGAAUCUGGUUCUAAAAGCAUGCCCAUCCUCUCUGUGACUGCCGUAGACUGUUUGUACCGUUAUCAUGCUGUCUGGUGUUUGUAGUUAAAUAUACGUCAUAUUUAAGGCAAUAAUAUUUGGGCUUUAUGUUCUCGAUGUCCUAUAAGUGGCGCUGUUUUGUUCUGUGCUCUCUGUCUCUAUGCUGUUCUUUGUUACUCAGAUUAUUGAAUUUCCAUGACAAGCUCAUUGUUCUGAUAAUUCUAAUGCCAUGACAAACUCAUUGUUCUGAUGAUUCUAUCUCCAUGGCGAGCUCAUUGUUCUGAUGACACUAUUGCCAAUAUGAGUGUGGGCAUAUCUGAUUGGCCCAGAUGGCUCUCAUGAAUAUUAAUUAGUCUGGAGUUAUAGGGCUAGCUCUGUGUUUGUGAUUCUCAUACACCCUGCUGUAGAUAGACUGAUUUGAUGUUUCUAUUAUGAUUAUUAUUAUAAUAUAUUGAUAUUAUUCUGAUUUUAUUGGCACAACUAGGUUGUGUGUCCACAAGAUGUGAGCAGACAGUGACAAUGGUGCAAUACUAGCUCUAAAUGAAGUUGUUCUGUGUUUGUAUUUGACUAUAGGAGUCAGCAAUAGCAGACAAUCUUCAUUUCUGUGUAUUCAGCUAAUGUGAAUGUCAGUGUGUGUGUGUGUGUGUUUGAAUGUGUGUGUGUGUGUGUGUGUGUGUGUGUGUGUGAGAGAGAGAGAGAGCCUGGGUGUCUUCCAGAUGGACUGGGUGGAGUUACAGAGAGAUGAUGGGUGUGGUCUUGAGAGGAGGGGAAGAAAGCGAAGAUGAGCAGAGGAGAGUAGGAGAGGAGAGGAAAAGAUGGGAGAAGAGGAGUAAGGAGAGAAUGUAGCCUUGUAGCCUUUUAGUGUGAUGGCUGUGUGCGUGUGAGUAGAGUGCUGCUAAAUCAGUCUGUGUGCAUUUGUGCUCUCUCACACCUUCUCAACAUGCAGUACAAUCCUUCCCCAGAAGCGCAGAUCCUCACACACGGAUCCUGCUGCCCCCAGACCAGCCCGAAUGAGGGAGGAGAGGCUUAGAAGCGAUGUAUCUUAGCUACCACCUGCCAUUCUACUGUUCAGACAUUCCAGUGGUCCAUAGACAUUCCGCCUGGCCUAGCAGAGCCCCCUCUGGCACGAGCAUAACCUCUCCGGGCCUAGCGUAGCCUCGUAGCGAGCUAACACAGCCUCUCUAGAGCUAGCAUAUGCUUUCUGGGGCUAGCGUAGCCUCGUAAUGAGCUAACACAGCUUCUCUGGAGCUAGCGAAGCCCUGUGUGAGGUAACACUGUCUCUUUAGGGCUAGUGUAGGCUCUCUGGAACUAGUGUGGCCUAGUAGCAAGCUAACGCAGCCUUAUAGCAUGCUAGCAUUGGCCAAGUCAUGUACAGCAUCAAUGCUGCCAUGAUUACAUUGCCAUAACAUGGCAUGUCUUGUGAGUGUAACGUGGGCUAACACUGUAGGCUCAGGCAGAGGCCAGCAUAACGUAAUCAGUUACCGCCAUCAGCUACCUAACCUGCCAUUUAGAUUUACCUAUGAAACCAGCCAAGUUAUUACGCUCCUUGGAGGACUAAAGGGGGACCAAUCAGCAGGCUCCUUGAUUAAAUGACCUUGUGAGCUUUGACCACUGCUAUCAGGAUCUGACUGCAUGUUAAGGUCAAGGCCAACACAAGGUCAUUGCGUGAUCAAGGUCAAGCUUAGCUCAACCAAGGUUACCAGACAUUGCUCAUUGGGGGAGGUAGAUUUGCUUUCUUUUAGCUUUCUGUUGUUGUUUUUUUUUCCCUUGCAAGGUGUGUGUCUGUGUUAUUUAAUUAGAUUUCACCACACACACACACUAUUACCAAGUCCUAUCCAUUAAUCCCACAGUCAAAUGUGUUGCCAUGGUGAUGCUGUGCAUAUGAAUAACAUCCCAGAGAGCACAUUCGUAGAGCACAUUUGUGUGUGUGUGUGUGUGUGUGUGUGUAUGAUAUGACAUGAUGUGAUGUUCUGAAACUGCCUCCAGCCUGUUCUGUAAUCAGCUGAUCAAGUGCUGUCCAGCACACACAACUCUUCCCAACAAUCAUGUUAUUACACCCUCAACAUGUUACAACAUGCUUAUAACAGCUAUAUUGUCACUAUGUUUUUUUUCCUUUGCCAUACCAACUCCUGAGGCUUUUUGUUUUCUAAAACCAAAGACUGUUCUAUCAUCAAACACACUGCCUGGCUUCAUGAGCUCAUCCUGUGUGAUAUCUCUUUGAUUUCUCGGGUGUUGUUCUUCCUGUUUGGGCGGUGCUGCAUCGUUCGGUGGGUUUGACUGUUUGAGAUUCUACUGCUUCUACUGCGGCUCACACACACACACCACCCAUCUGUCAGGAAGUAGAAGCAACCACCAGGUUUCUGAUUGGUUGGUCAGAUUGGAGCAGGAGCAAUCAUAACUCUCUGCAGGCACACAGGUCAUACAGGUGAUGUGCUUCCCAGAGCUGUGCUCUCUCUCAUGCACAUGACACACACACGCGCACACACUCAUACACACAAACACACACACACUUACACAAAUACAUAAACUCAAACCACACACAGAGACACACACACACACACACACACACACACACACACACUGAGCACAAGAGAAGCAGGCUGCUGGAUAGUCCCUCUUUAUAAAGUUCUUUAUUUACACAUUCUCUCCUCCUCUCGUGUUCUGCUGUAUACUGAUGUGAGUGGGGUCUCCUGGGUGGGUUCCUUGCUGGUUCUCUCAUGUUCUAUGCUCUUGAUGUUCUUGUCUCUGGGGUUCUCACCCGGCUCUUUCUCCUUCCUGUUGUUGAGUUGGUGCAUUUCUUUGGUACUGUAAACCUCUCUCUCUCUCUCUCACUCACUCUCUCGCUCUCUCUCUCUCUCUCCCUCUUUCUCCCCCUCUCCCUGGCUCCCUCUCUCUGUGGUGUGUUGCAUGCCUGUGGUGUGUGUUGUAGCGCAGCAUCUGUGUGUGUGUGUGUCCGUGUUUUAAGAGCCCCCCCUGCAGGGGUCUUGCAUGCCUGUCAGACGGACGCUAGACUGUAUCCGCUCCUGUCCGAUGGAAUCACCACCCACUACCAAUAAAGUGAUUUCAUACGA